ACAGCCAUCACUACACGCAACGACCGCGUAGUGGCCAGUACUUUUGACAAUUGCAAUAGUUGAUAUCGUAUAUUAGCUUUAACAACUAUGUUAGUGUUUCCGCAACUGAUACCCGAGAUAAGGGACACAGGAUGCAGGGUGUCUAGGUGGAUCCCAGCAGAGCGUUUCGCCCCAUACUUUGCCAGACCUACUGUUUUGCCACAUAUUACUAAGCAGGAUGAUGACGAUGACUCUCGAGGUGGGUCUUCCCCGGAACAUUAUGAUUCUGGAGUGGAGAUUGGUGAAGGAGUUUGCGGUUGGAGGGGAUGCGGAGCAAGGUUCCCGAACGUGGCACGUUUGUCCGCUCAUGUAGCGCGGUUACACGCGCACGCACAUAGAGAUGGCCUGUUCUACUGCUCUUGGAAAGACUGCUCGAGACCCCAAAGAGGAUUUAAUGCACGAUACAAAAUGUUAGUCCACGUGCGCACACAUACAAAUGAGCGUCCACACACUUGUAACCAAUGCCAGAAGAGUUUCUCCAGAGCAGAAAACCUAAAAAUUCACCUUCGAUCGCAUUCUGGGGAAAAACCUUACGUGUGUCCUUAUGAGGGCUGCGGAAAAGCAUAUUCAAACUCCAGUGACCGCUUCAAACACACACGUACACACACAGUCGACAAACCUUAUUCCUGCAAAGUGCCAGGUUGCAACAAACGGUACACGGAUCCAUCCAGCCUAAGAAAACACGUCAAGACAUACAAGCACUUCGCCAACGAAAUGGAAAGCACAAGGCGGACAUCGUCGGAUGAUCGCCUAAGUUCCGAUAACUUAUCACCGCUAAGGGACAAUAUUUAUGUACAACCUCAAUCACCCAAUCGCAAGACAUACAGUCCAACUUGUAUCACAUCGCCGACACUACCAUAUAGCUCUCUGAUACCAUCAGACGCAGCGUUGGGUGCACCUUUAACCUACGUACCUGUUAUGGAUCAAUUACAUCCAUAUUCGAGACCCCUGGACAUGUAUCCGAUUAGGGUGCCGAGUAACGAAAUGUCCUACCUGGAAUACUCGCAGAUGUAUGACCAUGCGUACAGAAACUACUAUUCGUGCAGCUUCAAUUACUCCGUAUUGAGACCAGAUAUCAAUGAGAAGGCAUUUACCUAUGACGAGCAAGAGAGGUUUCAAGAUAUAACGUUAAAUAACGCAUCAGAAGCACAUAUACCAGAAGAACUUCCUCUAAAUUUAAUUUGUGCCAAACGGAUGGAUUACCAACCUUUAACUGAACUAGUCAGACAAACAGACUUGCCUUUAGAUUUAAGUACUAAGAGUUGAUUAUUAAAUAAAAAAAUAUUUAUUUGCAAAUGUGGUUUAUUUUAAAUAAAUUCAGUAUAAAAUA